AUGGGGGGCGUGCAGAGGCUGAAUCUCGGCAGUGGCCUCCCCCAGAAGACCCGUGUGGGCAGCCGAGGCGCCUUCUGGAAGCUGCGACUCGGCUUCGGGGCUGGGGGGCUGGGGAGUGGGGAGAGGGGAAUUCGAGCACGUUCGGGCGGGAGACAUUUCCGAGGCGGGCCCCCUCCCGCUCGCGGUCGGGUUUCCGUCGGGGUCGUUUCCCUCUCCGGCCCUCAGGGGACGCCGCAGCUCCGAGCUGCAGAGCCGGAGGAGGACGUUGAAGAGGCGCCAGGCAGCCGCCCCGGCACAGGCCUUUCCCGGGCUGCCGGGUCUGGAGGGCCCCCGCGCCCGGGGCUUCGCAGACGUAGAGUUGGAGGCCGAGAUGGGGGCUCAAGGGGGCGGGGCCAGGGGGCGCGAUGGGCGGGGCCGAAGCGCGUGAGGGGCCGUACCGCGAGGAGGCGGGGCCACGACGCUCGCGGCCCGCGAGGGGGCGGAGGCCGGGCGCUGGGGGGCUUGGGGGCGGGGCUUGGGGCGGAGCCAAGGGACGCUCCAGGGGAAGCUCGGCCAGUCCCGCCGGAGCUCUAG